AUGUCCAUGAUGGGUAAGAUGAUCUAUUUUCUUGGGCUCCAAAUUAAGCAACUAAAGGAUGGCAUCUUCAUCAACCCAUCAAAGUACUGCAAAGAAUUGCUGAAAAGAUUCGACAUGGAUAGUUGCAAGGCAAUGUCUACUCCAAUGGGAUUUGAAUCUUAUGUUGAUCAAGAUGAAUCAGCCAAUCCAAAGGAAUCGCAUCUCACCACUAUUAAAGUGAUCAUGAAGUAUCUCAAAGGAAAAACAAAUGUCGGCAUAUCGUAUCCUAAAGGUAGUAUUUGCAAUUUAGUUGGUUAUUCUGAUGUUGAUUAUGGAGGAAGUAAAACUAAUCGAAAAAGAACUAGUGGUAUAUGUCACAUCCUUGGAAGUGCAUUAGUAUCAUGGGCUUGCAAGAAACAAGCUUGUGUUGCUCUUAGCACUGCCGAAGCGGAAUAA